UGAAAGCGAUAAAAUAUUCUUAUAAAAUCAUAGUUUUUAUUUCUUUAUUUUUCGUACUAAUUUUGUUGUAUCAAUGUACAUUAAAUACCAUUCCCCGAUUGUUCACAUCGUCAGGUGUGCAGAAAAGUCAAAACGACACUGACGCUUUAGAUUAUCCCAACUUUAAUAAAACUGAACUUGAACAGAUCGAAAGUGCAAGAGAAUGCUACAGAUUAAAGGACACCGAUGAACGAUUGGUAUUUUUGGAUGAUGUUAUGCAGUCGCGACCAGAACCUGAUAAGGCGAUAUUUUUCAUUAGUACAUCAUGCGCAAAAAAUGGUAGCCGAGUUACAUUGAAUUCAAGACAAGCUUGUUCAAUUGAAUCGGCUGCAAAAUGGAAUCCCAAACGUGAUAUAUUUGUUUUAUUUGUAGCGCGUGUUGGUUUCAUUCCCGAUGAAGAGCCAUCGCUAAUUGUGAGCACAUUAAAAUCAUAUCCAAAUAUUCACUUUCGCAAUCUUGACUUAUACAACUAUUCAAUGGGAACAUUGGGCGAAUAUUGGAUAAAAAAAGACCUAAUUUUUUCCACAUCAUAUCAUCUGGCGCAUCUUUCCGAUUAUUUACGAUUUUUGACACUGUUCAAAUUCGGCGGCGUUUAUAUGGAUAUGGAUAUAAUUGUUCGAAAGACCCUUGAUGGAUUUCCACCAAAUUUUGGCGGCGAAGAGGAUCCCAAUUCCAUUAAUUGUGCUAUCCUUGGAUUGGAGUCAAAAGACGCUGGUCAUAAGAUAUCGGAAUUAGUUGUGCGAGAAAAUACGGAACAUUAUAAACCAUACGAAUGGGCAUACAGUGGUCCAGGAGCUUUAUCACGAGUUUUGAGCGAAAUAUGCCAUUGUCCAAAAAACAGAAUAUCACAAGCACGACCCGAAUUCUGUUGGGGCUUUAAAAUAUUUCCACAAUCAGAGUUUUAUGCCAUUCACUGGUCACGACCAAAUGACACAGUUAGCACAGAUAAAUGGACCGUUGACUAUACUUUAGAAAAGAUUAAACAUUCAACUGCUGUUCAUAUGUGGAAUAGUCGCAUACAUGGAUCUCCGAUAUUGAAAUCGCAACGAACGGUUUAUAAAAUAUUAGCUGAAAAAAAUUGCCCAAGAAUUUAUGACGCAUCCGAUACGGUGUUUUAAAGAAAAUUUGAUGCAAGAGCAGGAUACAUAUAAUGGA